GGUUCGGCGCUUCGGCGCUUCGGCGGUUUUCUUCGGUUCGGGCGCCGGCGAUGGGGCCAUGGCGCAACCGGCGCAGCCCGCGUCGGUGAAGUGGAGCGAGCUACCGGACACCACUCCGCUCGAAUAUGAGCAGGAGAAUCAGAAGCGCCCGGGCAGCAAAUCCCACGACCUCUACGAGCGCUACAAAAAGUCCAAGACCCUGGGCGAGGCAAAAGCCAAUGGCGCGCGGCCAGAGGACUUCCGCCACGACUACGGCAAGGGUUGGCUUAAGCUCUACCCGGAGGGUGGUGUAGUUCCUGCUGCCGGCAAGAGGAAGGAGAAGGACGAAGGCAAGAAGGCGAAGGAGGAGAAAGAGGAGCCCAAAGAUGGCGCCCGCUCACCGCCUUCCUUUGUGAGGCCCAAGGAGAAGAAGCCGGAGCCGGAGAAGGUGAAGCCGGACUCUGGCAUCAAGCAGGAGCUCGAGAAGCUGCAGAAAGACAGAGACGAGCUCCUCCGCAGGAAAGACCGGCCCAAGGACGCCUGGGAGGUUGCGAUGAAGGCGUUCAGCCAGGGCCCGGGCGAUUCCAAGAGCUCGAAGAAGAGAGUCAGCAUCGAGGAAGACUUCCGGCAAACGCUGGAAGCGAAGUUGGCGAAGAAGCAGUCCAUGGAGCACCUGGAAAAGGCUGAGAAGGCAAAAGCCGAGCGAGCGCUCGAGAAGGCAGCAAAAGCCGAGAAGGACAAGGCCGCGGCUGAGAAGGCAAAAGCAGAGCGAGCCCUCGAGAAAGCAGCGAGAGCCGAGCAAGAGAGGAUAGAGAAGGCCAAGGAGUUGAAGCUGGACAAAGCUGACACAGAGAAAGCUUUGGAGUUGAAGGACAAGGAGGGUAAGGACACCAGGGACGCAAACUCAAAAGACGCCAAGGAGCAGGUGGAGAAGGCACUGAAAGAGAAGGAUGCCAAGGACAAGGAGAAACAGGCCAAAGAGAAGGCGGAGAAGGCCAAGGCUGAGAAGGAGAAGGCCGAGAGGCCAGACAAGACUGAGAAGGCAGAAAAGGAGAAGAAGGCGAAAAAAGACAAGAAGGAGAAGAAGGACAAGAAACACAAGAAGGACAAGAAGCACAAAAAGCACAAGAAGUCCAAGAUUCGGCCUGGAGGAGAGGACAAGAAGAAGUCCAGGCCCGAGGGCACGCCCUCCUCCCGCAUCAGGGAGCUCUUGAGGUCCAAGGUCAUCAAGGCCAAGCUGAAGGCGAAGGUGGCCCUCGGUGAAAAGCGACAUUUCGCCGGGGAGCGCGAUGAGCAUGGGUUGUACAUGCGGCCUGCCUCGGAGGCUCGCACAGAGUUUACCUCCAAGUACCUGGGUGUCUCCAAGGCUGACCGCAAGGAACGAGACAACAGCUGGCGCGCGCGCUUUGACGGCGUCACACUGGGCGUCUUCGAGACCGAGGAGGAAGCGGCCAAGGCCUAUGCCAAGGCUCGGGAUAAGUUCCAGGAGACUCGCCUCAGAGCUGAGAUCAAAGAGAAGAGGGGCCCCAAUGGCAAGGUGGAGCCCAAGAGGGAGAGGACUCCCUCGAAGCCAGAGGUCACCGCUCAGGUGCGGGACGAGUCGAAGAAGGAGAGCCUGGACCCAGUGGAGAUUCUGCAAAGGCAGAUCAAUGAGCUGAAGCCUCACCAGCUGGAGAAGGUCUUGGAAGGCUUCAAGGCUGAGAUCACUUGGCGUCCCGACGAUGCCGAGGAAUCCAACUUGGACCUGCACGUCCUUCCGCUGCCCAAACUCCGAGAGCUCACCAGGAUCAUUGCCUGCGUUCGAGCAGAGCGGCCGCAGGCAGAUGACAGGCGCAAGGAGAAGUCCCCGCGCUCGCAAAGCGCCCGGCUGGCGCAGGCGCUGUCCCGUCCGCCCUCGCCGGACCAGGAGCGUCUCCAGGACAAGAUCCGGUCCUUGGAGCUCCAGGCGGAGCACCAGCAGAGGCAGAUUGCGGAGCAACAGCUGCAGAUGAUGCAGAUGGCGGCGCACAGCAUGCCUCCUGUGCAGGACCAUGUUCUUGCACAAGGGCAGAGCGGUUUCAACGGUCUCCCGCCAGGCUCCAACCUCCGUCGCUUGCCCUCGGAGCGGAUCAUCGACCCCGUCUACACCCCCCGCGCUGCCAGCUUGCCUUCGCGGCAGGGCAGUGCAGGAGGUGUGCCGGAGCCAUGGAGGCAAGCCGACAUGCCGUCCUCCAAGCCCCACGAGAGGGUUCCAGGCUGGAUUGGCGACGGCGGCGGAUGGGUCAGAGGAGGCGAGCCGCCCAAAAAUGCGCAGAUCCAGGUGCCGCCCGGGGACACGCAGCCUCCGGGCCGUUGUGUGGAGACUUGCCGCUGUGGCCAGGUUGUAAGCCGCGCCUGGGAAGUGGAGAAAGCCUGGCUGAGAGACGAGGCCAGGGCCAUGGCCAUCAUGGCGGCCCUCCAGCGCUUCGAGAGCCAACCCACCGUGGAGCGCCGAGGAAAGGUGUCGAAGCAGAACCGCUACGAGCCAGCGGCGCCCAACAAGAUGGAGAAGGCGCUGGUGGAGGCGGCUGGCAGGGUGACGCUGCCGCCGCACCUCCGGGCACCCCGUGCAUAUCAAGAUGGGUCUGCCCGUCAUGCUUGAGUUAGAUCAACCUUGGGGGUUAAGUGGCGAAUGUGGCUGAAGCGGUUGCACGGGGCUUCUUUUCUGCCUUUCAAAGCCCCGGCUGGCUGGACGCAGGUUGGCUAAACAGCUCAGCAGCUGCCACAAAACCACGUUGGUAGUGCAGCUUCGACGACCAAGCGCAUGACCAA